AUGGCAUCAGACUCUCCUCGAAAGACGGUGGCCAUCAUAGGCGCCGGAGCAGCAGGCAUGUCCUGCGCCUCCACCCUAUCCCAACACCCCGACAAAUUCGAGAUUCACAUCUUCGACACCGCCCCUCACGCCGGCGGCCAAGCGACCUCCAUUCCCCUCCCCGCCAACUACGGCGCGACCUGGCUCAACGACGGCGUGCAAGGCGGCUCAUCCAUAUUCCGCCAUACAUUCAACUUCUUCCGCCGAUACGGAUACGAGCCCCAGCCGGUGCAACUCCAAGUAUCCUUCGGGAAGGGCCCCGACAGCUUCUUCACCAACAUGUUCCCCAGCCCCCUCGUCGACCGAUACUCCGCCGAGAUCGAGAAACUCGGCCGCGUAUUGAAGUGGAUUAAGCGGCUGUUGCCAUUCCUGGGUAUAUUACCUAUCAAGGUUGUUCUACGGCUGUUCAGAUUUAGUCAGGAGUUUGGGAGUAAGAUGGUUCUUCCACUCAUUGCGCUGUUCUUGGGCACGGGGAACCAGACGCCGAAUGUGUCUAGUGUGUUGCUCGAACGGUUGUUUGAUGAUCCGCAGAUGCGGUUGUGGGAUUUUGAUCCGGAUAUGUUGUUGCCCAAUCGGCCGGAGAUGUAUACGUUUCCGGAGUUGGGCGCGUUUUAUAGGGAUUGGGUGGGGAAUUUGGGGGAGAAUAAGGGGGUGAGAGUGAGGUUGGGGACGGAGGUGGAGAUUUUGGGGAGGGAUAGUAAGAGGGGAGUGGAUUUGAGGGUUUGGGAUAGGAGUGAUGGUAGGGGGGAAGGGGAGGAACGUAGGUGGGAGGGAGUGAUGCAUGAUGAACAUUUUGAUGAGCUUGUGCUGUGUGUGCCGGCUGAUGAGGCGAAGAAAUUGCUCAGUAGGCAUGCUACCUGGCGGGAGAAGUAUGUUCUCGGGGGUGUGAGGUUCUACGACGAUGUUACGGUCACGCAUAGCGAUGCGGACUAUUUCAAUAGUAUCUUCGAAACGAGGUAUAAGAGUGAUUUGUGUGGGAAGGCGUCUAGCGAAGCGCGCAACGAGCAGAUCUCGUUUGCAAAGCAGACACCGCGCUGUCGGAAAGACGGGUGGGAUGGAUUCGCGCCUAUGUACUAUACCCAUUCCUAUGAGCAGGAUCCGCAGAAGAUCGAGAUGGGGUUCGAUUGUUCGAACUAUCAGCAUCAGUUCCGGGAGGCAUUGGGGGAGGGGGCUCUGUCUCUGGAGCCCAAUCGCCAUGUGUAUCAGACGAUAUUCCUGAACAAAAAGGAAUCGGAUCUAUGGACGUGGGGAAGUAUCGACAAGGAAAAGAUCAUUGCGAAGAAAUGGUGGCAUCAAUUCGGGCAUAAUUGGCAGCAUUAUAUACGUGUUGUGCCCGGGAUGAUGUUCAUUAAUGGGAAGAAUCGGACAUUGUAUGCGGGGAGUUGGACCAUGGUGAAUAUGCAUGAGAUAGCUUGUAUAUCAGGCAUUGCGGCUGCGUAUCGACUUGGGGCUACGUAUGAGCCUUUUGAUGAUUUCGCAGAGGAGUUCUUCGCCAUGUAUUUGCUUGUGAGUCAUGGGAGGAGAUAUAAGCGGAGAUAG